CGUCGCACAGUAGUGACGUUCGCGGGGCAGCGAGGAAAGAUGGCUACGUCGGCUUGGCUGCAUGGCCCGUCUGCUAUGCGACUAACUGAGGGCCUGGUGUCUGUUCUGAAAGAGCAGCGUCCGGAGUACCUGCCCGCCUUGCUGGCCAGCUACAGAGAGCACGGCGUGUUCCAGACACAGAGCGCGUGCGCCGUCGGGGGUCUCGUGGGUUUUAGCAAUGCCAAACUGGGCUCGAGCAAGACCAGGUUUGAGGGGCUCUGCCUGCUCUCCAUGCUGGUCAAAGACAGUUCCAGUGAUCUAUUCCAGCAACACUGCCUUUCCUGGCUGCGCUCCCUGCAGCAAGUCAUACAGUCUCAGGCUCCAGUUCAGACAGUCCAGCUGGCGGUGAACAUCCUGAAGGACUUGCUGCAGUACUCAUCUCAGCUAGCAGAGCUGGCCAGAGAGGUCGGCCUUAACUCCAUCCUGGGCAUCCUGACGUCUCUGCUGGGUCUCAAGUCGGAGUGUGAGCUGGCAGCCAUGGAGGGAAUGAUCGCCUGUAUGACCUAUUAUCCCAGAGCCUGUGGGUCCCUGAGGGACAAGCUAGCAGCCUAUUUCCUCUGCAAAAUGGACAGCACAAACAGGAAAGCACAAGAGAUGGCCUGUCACUGCUAUGGUCGCCUGCCCUGCCUCGGCGGCGUGCUGGACAGAGGGCUCGGGGCCGGCAGAGCCGAGGGCUGGACCAAUCAGAUUCACUGCCUGCUGGCCUCCGCCAACGGCCUGCUGGCUCAGCUCUACCAAGGAUCAGAAACAGAUGGAGCAAUGCAGUAUCAAGGUCCCGGGGUGGAGCUGGCCUUUCCUCAUCUCGACCAAACCGAUCCCCUGCUGCUUCUGCAGCUCCAGCACAGAUACACCGCUGUCUGCCUGGCACUCAAGCACACACUUAGAGUAGAUCCCGCCUCAGCUGUUCGCCUGCCCGUCAGACUAAUACUCAACCUGGUGUGCCGAGCCCUCGCCGUCAGCUCCAAGAGCAUAAAUUUAACAGGAGAUGGAAGUCUGAGGCUGUUGGUUCUCCCCAUUAUACACACCAACACGCUCGAAGUCCUGUCAGGUCUAAUCGCUGCGGUGCAUGUGGGUAUGGUUCAGUACUCUGCAGUAGUACAGAGGCUGUUUUCUCAAACACUAUCUGCUUGGUCGCCUCUACCUGAAGCCAGUGUGGGACAACAGAGGGCCUACAGUGCAGUGCGGGUGUCUGUGUAUAGAACCUUGGAGCUGUGGGUCCAGGUUGCUGGAGCAUCUGCUAACAUCCUUCAGGGAAGCCCUGGCCACUCAGAACUCCUCUUUAACCACCUACUUGGUGACAUCACCCCGGGGGCAGAGUCUAUUAAGCUCCGGGCUGGGCUUUCAGCUGAUGUUGUUCCUGGAGGCAAACCUGGCCCUCGGAGGACAAAGCAGCUGGUGAUGGCAGAUGCAGUUGGGCCAUCGCUUCAGAGGAAAGGGGACCGUCUGGCCAAUCAAGACACCUGCCUUGCAGCUGUCAGGGCUCUGAGGCAGAUCAUACAGACCAGCGGCACACUCUUAAAGGACGACAUUCACAAGCGACUCCAUGAGGUGGUCCUGCCACUGUGUGUGCGUCUGCAGCAGCAGCAGUCGUGCAGCAGCAAUGCAUGUGAAUCUGCAGGGAGUGUGAGUGGGCAGUACAGCAGCGCUCUGACUCGACGGGAACUGUACAGGUUGUUGCUGGCUCUGGUCCUGGUCCCGUCACCCUGUUGGCCUCCACCUUUGACCAGUGCGGUCUCAAUCUUCAGUAAUGGCCGCACAGACAGGAAUGUUAAGGUCUCUUCAUUCUGUGCUGAGGCCCUGACCAUCUGUAACGUGAUCCUUCAUCCCCGCACUCCCUCCAUCGCCCUUCCCUUACCACCCCUCACCAUGAAACCUACCGCCACGACUACAGUCCUCCCCUCUUCCCAGGGAUCUGCCCCUGGACUAACUUUGCCAACCCUGCUUGGAGGUCCUGCCCCUGGUCCUCCUUUCCCCUCCCGUCACUCUCUCGGUCUGGGCCCUCCUACCCUGCUGGGCUCUUUUGAGAACCACCUCUCCCUGGUUCAAGGACUGCCAGGCCAGGGCCCUACCACAGGAGACAUGAUUCUGUCCCCACAUGCUCACCACCAGCCAGACCCUGCAGGGCUGGGCCCUCCGGAGGGGCAAAGACCUGUGUUUGUGCGCUUUGACAAAGAGGAAGCAGAAGAUGUAGAGAUCUCCUUAGCAAGCGACUCUGAUGACAGCGUGGUCAUUGUUCCUCCAGGGAUGCUAAACAUGGAGACCCAGCAGGAUGAAACAGCAGCAAACUCACAGAACAUGCUCUCUGCUGCGCCAGGUGGCGCUGGUGUCACACUGCCAGGAGGAGAAUCUGUCACCAUGGUUGCAACCACAGCAGCCACAACCACAAUUGAUGGAGUCUCUCUGCCCAAUGACCUAGCCGUCUCCUCCCCCCUGCUUACUGCUUCCACCACCUCCAUCAACUCAUUUCCUCCUCCCAGUGCCUCAGUGGUCUCCCUGGUUCCACCUUUGAACUCCAGCACAUUUACAGCUCCACCUGGUGGUCUGGGGGAGUCAUUGUCUGGCAGACCGCAGCUUCAGCAGAUGCUUAUGCAGCCCUCUACAGCGAGCCAGUCUGGUCCUAUGGGCAUACCGCUCCAGAUGCACCUCCAGAAUCAGCUAAGUCAGCAGGGGCGGCACCUCCACCAGCAACCAGCUGCACCUGCCAGCAGUGAAGAUUCUGCUGUCAUCAAUAUCAACAGCACUGAUGAUGAAGAAGAGGAUGAUGAGGACAUAGAUGAAGAUGAAGAGCUGGAGGAAGAGGAGGAGGAGGGGCUGGAUGAGGAGGAUGAAGAGGAGGAUGUAAGCGAGUUAGCUGAUGAGUUUUAUGAUGGGGAGGAGUAUGAGGAGUUAGAUGAAGAAGAGGGUGAAGAACUGGAGGAAGAAGAGGAGGAAGAUGAAGAGGAAGAGGAUGGGGACAUACCGCCACUGGAGGGAGUCGAAGACAAGGAUGGAGAAACAGGGAUACAGGAGGGGAAGCUGCUCCAAGCACAGGUCGAUGAAGGACAGAUUUCUGGUUUUAAUGUGGAGGGAGACGCAGAAGGAGGAAUCGAAGAGAUCCAAACUAACAGAGCGCUAUUUGGAGAGGACAGGAUGAAGAUGCAGGAGGUGGAGAGCAUUGGAGUCCUCGAGGAGGCUCGAGAGGGGGAAGUGGAGGAGGAGGACAGUGAAAGGAUGGAUGACCCCACUAUGCCACAGAUCCUAUGUGUCACUGGUGGAGCAAUGGAGGAGAGGGAGGAGGCUGAGGAGGAGAGGGAACAUGCAGAAGGAGCAGUGCUGCAGAAGGGGGAGGAGAGUUCAUGGGAGGAGGGAGCCAAGGAGAAUGAGCCGGCAGCUGAAUCUCAACAGCCAACCAAUCAGAGUCAACAGCACUCAGAAGCUGAACCUGCAGAGGAAGCCGGUGUGAGCCAUGACCAACUUCCCAGUCAUCAGGAGGAACAGCUCGAAGCUGCUGAAGCAGGAGACCUGGAAACUGGAGAUCCUGAAAACUCAGCAGAACCAAAUGUGACAGAACGACAGGACGCAGACACUGAACAGAGCAGCGAAAAGGAAGCAGAGCAGCAGGAGGCAGAAGGAGGAGGAGUGGAGAGCAGUGAAGAGGAGGGAAAAGGAGUCAAGAGGAAGCGAGAGGAGGGACAGGGCAAGGAAGAGGCGGAGCAAAGUCCUGAGAAAAAAAAGAUGCACGAUGAAGCCAUGGCAUCGAUGUUGGCUGACUUUGUCGCCUGUCCGCCUGAUGAUGAAGAUGGUGCCUCUGGAUCAAACGCCUCAUAAAUAUUUGCCAACCUGAACUGAUGUGAUUGACGUUAACACUGAUCUCUGGCUUCUGUUAGCAGAGUCUGACAAAAUACUGUAUCAUUAGUCACAUUUCCAUGAUUUAGUUACCUCAUAAAUACCCAUCCCCCCCCUUUUUAACAAUAUUGACAACUUCUGGCUGGUCAGACUUUUUACCUGGUUACAUCCUCCAGCUUACAAUUAGCAUCACGUCUAAGAGACAACACAGACAACAGUCCUCAGUGAAGCCGCCCAGCAAGGAGGCAAAGCUCUUUGAAAUGUGUUACCCAGAAUGCUUUGUUGAUCUUUACAACACACAAUAUCAUCCAGGUAAUUUACAGUUUUUUCAGUUUGUUUGCAUCUUUUUUGCUGUCUAUGGUUUGGCAUCUCUGUCAUAUGCUUUGUUAAAAAAAAUAAAGUAAAAUGUAUCUCCGUUA